AUGAAUAUUCUCGAAACCCGUCAUUUUCGAGAAUUCAAAGUCGUGCUCACCCUUCUGGGACAAUGGCCCUCUCAGUCACCCUUGCAGCGAUAUUGUGCACGGUUUAUUGUUCUGUUAGCUAUUUUCAGUAUUUUGACACCAAAGAUUAUCAAAUUCUUUGAAGUUAUUAGAGACAUUGAUGAAGUUAUCGAAUGUUUGCCGAUGAUUAUUCUCCACUUUGUAACUCUUACAAAAUAUUUCAACUGGAUUUUUAAUCAAGAGAAGGUGAAUAAUUUAAUUUUACACAUCGAUCGUGAUGGAAAGGCUUUGAAAUUAGACCGAGAUGUUGCUAUAAUGGAAAAAUGGUUACAGCGAAUACGAAAUGUUUCUUUGAGUUAUUCAACCGCCAUGUUUUCAAUUUUAAUAUUAUACCUGGCAUCUCCUGGCGCUCCAAAGCUGAUGGAUUUGAUAAAUCCGCUGAAUGAAUCUCGUAAAAGAAUAUUUUUAUACCAGACAGAAUAUUUUGUCGACCAAGAUGAAUACUACGUUCAUAUUUUGAUCCACGCAUACAUGACCGUGCCAAUUUCCGUCGCUGUUCUCGUCUACUUUGAUAAUUUAGUUGGAACGAAGGUUCAUCAUGCUUGCGCCAUGUUUGAUAUUCUCAGUACUUAUUUAGAAAACAUCAAUGUUGGAAAAUUAAGUGAAGUUGGUAGCAAAGAAGAUUACAGAAGAAUUCAUAGGAACAUCGUGCGCUGCGUUAAUAUGCAUAAAAAUGCUCUAAAAUUUUCUCAAGAUUUAGAAGAUUCUAUAUCGUCAGCCUGGUUGCUAGUUUUAUUUUUCAGUCUGACGAUAAUUUCAAUAACAGGCACAACAACUACAAAAUUUGAUCAACCUAACGAAGCCUUCAAAUUUAUGGCUUUUACUAUCGGCGCGGUUUUCCACCUCUUCUACACUAGUUUUCAGGGCCAAGAACUUAUAGAUCAAAGUGAAAGAGUUUUUCGGGCUGCGUACGACUCCAAGUGGUAUAACCUUCCUUGUUCUCACCAAAAGCUCCUCAGUUUUCUGAUAAUGAAAAGUGUGACACCAAGUGUGAUUACUGCCGGCGGAAUGUAUAUUUUAUCACUUGAUACUUUCAGUAUUGUCCUCAAAAAUGCCAUGUCUUUCUUCACUGUUUUGACAUCAAUGCGAUAA